AUGAAUGGGGGAAUCUCGAAGUCACAAGAGGAUCUCCCUCAGCUUGGAUCCACUGUGGUGGCCAAAGGCUGCAGCCCAGGGGCAGGGGAGGUCUCCUCUGCCUCUACAUACUUCUCCUGUGCUUCUUCUCCGCGCAAGCUCAUCUACGCUGGAACCCGGAGAUCACAUCGAGACACUGCCCAGCCUAAAGCACCCCUAGCCCAGGUUCAGGAAAAAGGGGAGACUGCUCCCCCAUCACACUGUGUCUCCUCCUCACCCUCUCCACCCUGUAAGCACUAUCUGCACCCAGACAAAGAGGAAAGGGGCACGAAAAUAUACUACAUGCAGGUACAAGUGAACAAGGGUGUAGCUGUCUCCUGGAAGACAAAGAAACCCUUGGAGUUGCCUGAAAAGCAGCUGACAAUAGAAGAAGUGACCCUUCCUGAGGAUGCGUGCACAGUAGGCACUUACCCCUCUGAUGUGUUCACCGAAAGCCUCCUGUCUGACAGUGAGCCCACUGGGGAGGAGAAAGAGUAUGAGGAAAGGGCAGAGCCAGGCAGCCCAUCAGGGUCACCUGCAGUCCAGGAGACACCCAGGGCCAAGACACCGGCCUGGAUGGCGACCAUGGAGACCGGCUUCAGGUGCAUGGCCUGCUGCCGGGUCUUCCACACCUUGGAGAUCCUCCAGCAGCACGUGAAGGGCGGCGUCCUGGAGGGCUUCGGCUGCCGUUUCUUUCAUCUCAACAUCGCCCAGUGGAUGGGCAAUGUGGAAUUCGAGAGCUCCCCUGAGGAGGAGGGCAGUGUGGAACCCGAGACCACCUCAGAGGACGAGGAGGACGACGAGGAGAAGCUAGAAGGCCCCAGCCCGAAGAGACCCCGCAGGCAGGGUCUUUUCUCUCUUUUGAGUUCCACACGGCAACUGAGAUUCAUGGGACAG